CAAUGGCAGAUGUCAGCUGUCUUUUUCAUUAACAGACUGUCACUUUCCUAAUAGCAAUUUCAGAUUGUUUUGAUUAGUCAGAUACCCAAAUAACUAAUUAAUUAAACCCUGAACCAUGGUUGACGACCUGAGGAAGUAUCUAAACCACUUGCUGGAGAAGGUAAAUGGGCUGCAUUGUAUACUUAUUACUGACCGUGAUGGCGUGCCUUUGGUUCGGGCAGUAACGGAGAGGGCCCCUCAGCUAGCAUUAAGGCCUAACUUUAUAUCCACAUUCGGUAUGGCGACUGAUCAGGCGAGCAAACUUGGCCUAGGAAGGAACAAAACCAUAAUAUCUAUGUAUUCUAGUUAUCAGGUGAUACAAAUGAACAAACUACCAUUAGUAAUCACAUUUAUUGGUAGCGACAACUGUAAUACUGGCCACAUAUUGUCUCUGGAAAGUCAAAUAGAACCAUUCUUAAAGGACUUAGCAGCUGUGGUGGCAGACGCACCUUGAGUUUAAACCUCUUUUGUUUGAUUUUAAGUCCAUUUAAAAUGUAAGAGCCAUAUUUUUUUAUUAUUUUGAUUUUUAUACUGAAGAGAAAAAUUUAUUUAUCAGUAAGGAAAGGUGUGGUAUAAUGUUGCCAUUCUAAAGAAUGUGUUGAACAUUAUUAAAUUGAAGGCACUUUGAGAGCUCUCACAAAAAUUUACAUUAUUCCCUUGAAAUUCAGUCAUGUAGUUAUGUGAACAGACAUCUUAUCAUACUUAUAUAUUACUUAAGUAAUUGUAUAUAAAUAUUAAUACUUUUAUAAUAUAGUUAGUACUCUAAAUAAGCAGAAAUAAAAUAAAAGCCAAAUUUGUAUUUC